AUGUUUUCUCAGAGCAAGAAGGGGGAGCCUGUGGCCUUCCAGGGGCCGCUGAGCCACAACUCUCAUCGUUCCCAGUCAGCCUGGCCAGUGGCAAGAGAACCUGGAAGUUGUAAUUCAGCAGCCUCUGAAGGGUCUGGAGGCCUCACGGAGAUCAACAAAGAUCCCCACCUCUUACCCAACAUCACCCUGGGCUACAACCUCCAUGACAACUUUCGAGACAGAAGAAUGACUUUGGGUGCUCUGUUGGACCUGCUUUCCACUGGAGAGGGCAAUGUUCCCAACUACAGCUGUGGAAGGAAGAAAAACCUGCUGCUUCUCCUGGAAGAGGCCAACUCUGACCUAUCCAUCCUCAUUGCAGCCACACUGGGCAUCUACAAAGUCCCACAGGAGAUCAACCAGGAUCCCCGCCUCUUACCCAACCUCACCCUGGGCUACACUAUCAAUGACAAUUUUUUCAAGGAAAAAGUAACCUCAGAUGCCUUGCUAGACCUGCUCUCAACUGGGGAGGCCAAUGUUCCAAACUAUAACUGUGGGAAGCAGAAAAAUAUACUGGCUGUCCUUGAAGGGGGUGAAGUUGACAUUUCCAUCCAGAUUUCAGCCAUACUGAGCCACUACAAAAUCCCUCAGCUCCAUCCAUUCCUGCAAAGCCCUCAGUUUCACAACGUUUCCAUGGAUGGGGUAUAUUUGGAUGAAAGCAGAGAGCCAGCAGCUGACUUUGACGUCAUGAGUUGGAUUAUGUUCCCCAACAAGUCCAUCGUCAGAGUGAAACUGGGGGAUCUAGAAAGGUGUGUGGAAAGUUGUCAACCUGGAUUGGCCAAGGGGGCUCAGGAAGGAGAACCCAUCUGCUGCUACCUCUGUCUUCCCUGUGCAGAAGGAACCAUCUCCACUCAGGAAGAUGCAGAAAAAUGCACCAAGUGUCCAGAAGAUCAGUAUCCAAAUCAGGAACAAACCCAAUGUAUCCUCAAGGUCAUCACUUUCCUGUCCUAUGAAGAAAAGUUGGGGAUCAUUCUGGUUUUCUUUAUCCUAUUCUUGUCCUUCACUACCUGUGUGGUAUUAGCCAUCUUCAUUAAACAUCUAGAAACUCCAAUAGUCAAGGCCAAUAACCGUGACCUAUCCUAUAUUCUCCUCCUCUCCCUCCUUCUUUCCUUCUUAACCUCCUUCCUCUUCAUUGGUCCUCCAAGGAAAGCAACUUGCCUUCUCCGACAAUCAGCCUUCAGCAUCAUCUUCUCUGUCGCUGUCUCUUGUGUCUUGGCCAAAACAAUCAUGGUGGUGCUGGCCUUCUUGGCUACAAAGCCAGGAAACAGAAUGAGGCGAUGGCUGGGGAAGAGCUUGGCCAACUCCAUCAUUCUUUCUUGUUCCAGUGUCCAAGCUGUCAUAUGUACUUUCUGGCUAUGGAAUUCUCCACCCUUCCCUGACUCUGAUAUGCACACCCAGCCUGGAGAGAUCAUCCUACAAUGUAAUGAAGGCUCUGAUGCCAUGUUUUAUGUUGCUCUUGGCUACAUGGGCUUCCUGGCUGUUGCCUGCUUUACGGUGGCUUUCCUGGCCAGGAAUCUGCCUGGGACCUUCAAUGAAGCCAAGCUGAUCACCUUCAGCAUGCUGGUCUUCUGCAGCAUCUGGGUCUCCUUUGUGCCCACCUACCUGAGCACCAAGGGGAAAUACAUGGUGGCCCUGCAGGUCUUCUCCAUCUUGGCCUCCAGUGCUGGCCUGCUGGGCUGCAUCUUCCUCCCCAAGUGCUACAUCAUUUUACUAAGACCAGAUCUGAAUACAAAGGAGCAGCUAAUCAUAAAAGUAAAAUAGAUAAAAAUGAUUCUUAUUCAUCCUUUUUUCAAGGAGAGACAUCUGACACCUCUUUGUAUCUCCCAAAUGAUACCU